AUGUCUAAUAAUUUUCUUCUUCAACUAAAUAGGUCACAAAUAGUAACUCAAAUUUUCUUCUUGAUAUUCUUCAUUAGUUAUUCUAAUUGUUCAACCAUUCCAUUAGAUGCUGGUCCAGAUGUACAAGAAGGGAAAUUGAUAUUUGUGAUGCCUCCGGAAGGUCUUGUGCCACCAUAUGGUCCCUCUAAACCACUGCAUGGUUUGGAACAUGGAGAAAAGAUGAGAUUUGUAAUGCAUCCUAAAGGUCUUGUAACACCAUCUGGUCCCUCUAAACCACCUCCUGGUUCGGAACAAGGAAGAAAGUUCAUAUUUGCAAUGCAUCAUAAAGGACAUGUACCACCAUCUGGUCCCUCUAAACCACCGUCUGGUUCGGAACAAGGAGGAAAGCUAAGAUUUGUAAUGCAUCCCAAAGGACAUGUACCUCCAUCUGGUCCCUCUAAACCACCGUCUGGUUCAGAACAAGAAGGAAAAUUGAGAUUUGUAAUGCAUCCUAAAGGUCCCGUACCUCCAUCCGGGCCCUCUAAACCACCUCCUGGUUCGGAACAAGUAGGAAAGAUGAGAUUCGUAAUGCAUCCUAAAAGGACCUGA